AUGGCAGAACACUUGGAUGAGACAGUGCAGCUUCACAUUGAAUAUCGGGAGAGCGGAGAAGAAACUGAAGGCGAUGUUAUAAUAAUUUACAAUUAUGAUGGGGCUGAGCUGACUCCAGAACUACUAGCACGAACACUUGAAGAAUUAUCAGCACAAACUAGCCUGCGUAAAAAUGCAGCAAAACAGAAUCUGCUUGUUGAUCAGCAAUCAGGAACGCCUGGUGAAUAUUUAGCUGAUCAGAUUGUAGUAGACACCAGUUCCCACUUGGACUCUGAGUUUAUAUCUAUGCCUACAUUCAAAAUUGAUAACGAAAAUGACAUUGAAUGUAAUGCUUUUGAUCCACUAAUCGAAGAAAACAAGCAUUUAGACAGCAUUAAAUCAGAUCUUGAUGUAGAGAUGACAGGAGUAAAUGAGGAAUUAAGCAGUGGGAAUAUAAUCUUGAAAGAAGUUAAAGGUGAACUUUUGACAGAAAUUACUGAAUCCGUUAAUAAACCGUGUUCUGCUAAUUUAUCUUAUCCUGUGCAAGAUAUUGUCUUUAAAGAUGAAAGUAUUGUACCAUUUAAAGCAGAGGUGGCUGCCUUUGAUACAUCAGAUGAAGAAGGUAGAGAUAACAAAUAUGCCUGUGACAAAUGUAGCUUUGAGUCAAGUGUAGAGUUGGAGCUGCAGAGACACAGAGGAUCUGAACAUAAGGAAGCAUCACCCUUUGUUUGUCGCCAUUGUGGGAAAGCCUUUAGGGUGGAGCUAAGCUUGGAAGUUCAUAAAAUUGCUCAUUCAAUAAAAGCAAAGUCUCAGUUUUCUAAGUUUGACCCUGGAUUUAUUCGCAAAGUGAUGAAGUUUUUCUCUUGUCCCUUGUGUGACUUCAAGUAUCAGAGGCAAUCCCAGCUAAGCAGACACAUAAAGUCUUUACAUCCAGAUGAAAACUACCUGUUGUGCCAACAGUGUCCCUUCUCUUGUUUGACUCAGGAGGUUCUGGACACUCAUAUUUCUUCUCCUGCUCAUGAGGAAGAUAAGCGGACUCUUUGUCCAAUUUGUGGAACUGCUACUAAAGAUAUCCGUCAACAUUUAAAACGGACACACACUGAAGAGCGUCCCUUCUUGUGCAGUGAGUGUGGCUUUAAAGCAAAAACUGCCACAAAUUUAAGCACUCAUAUGAUAAUUCAUGAUCCUGUUAAAAGAGUAACUUGCGACCUGUGCUCCUACAAAUGUCGCAGUAAAGAUCAGCUAAAGAGACAUCUUGUUAAGCAUUCAAAUGACAAAAAUUUCCUGUGCUCGCUCUGUAACUUUGCCUGCAAGACUGCUAUGAGUUUGAAACGACACAUGCAGAUUCACCAGGCGCCCAACAAAUAUGUGUGCUCUGUGUGCAAGUUUACAACACAUGAUAAAGUUGUACUGCGGCAGCACAAGUCGCAGGAGCAUGUGCUUAAACCCUUGUAUAAAUGUCAAGAGUGUAACAUUGAAUUUGAGAGAGCUGCAGAACUAAAGAAGCAUGCUUUGUCAGUUCAUAAAAGUGAUAGGAUACAUUUCUGUUCGUAUUGUGACUUCUCAGGUGAGACCGUAACUGAUCUCAGAGUCCAUCUGCAGUCCCACUUUGGUAAAUUCUCUUACACCUGUUCUCAGUGUGGAUACAUGUGUAGAUUGAAAGCUUCAUAUCGAAGACACAUGGAAAGACAUGAAAACAUCAAGAAGUUUGCAUGUAGUUUGUGCAGCUACUCCUGUGUGGAAAAGUAUGACUUGCACAAGCAUUACUCCCACAGACACUCUGAUGAAAAGCCAGUGUCAUGUCCCUUUUGCAGUUAUAAGUGCAAGUUUCAGCCUAGGCUCAACAAUCAUAUAGCUUAUGUGCACAGUGAUGCGAAACCUUUCGCUUGCAAAAAGUGUCCUUAUGCUGGCAAAUCUGUCGAGAACCUGAAGAAACAUAUGGUGACCCACGGUGUGGUAGUUAAGGCCAUUCAGUGUGUGUUAUGUGAUUAUACCACAGCUGAAAGAACUAAACUGAAACGUCAUAUGCAGAUUCAUGUGAAGAAAGCUAUAUUCCAAUAA